AUGACGUAUGCUUGCACAUGUUUACAUUUAGCACUGACCUGCUCUGAUAACAUACAAAAUGGUCUUGAAACAGGUGUUGAUUGUGGUGGACUUUGUCCUCUAAAUGAUGGUGUUCGAAAUGGUGGAGAAAUUGGCAUUGACUGUGAUGGUCCAUGUACGAAACGAUGUAAUGGUCGUGUUUGUACAUCAGCUGAGGAUUGUUGGAGUGGUGUGUGUGGACUCAAUAAAACUUGUUCAGUACCGUCAUGUUCUGAUAACAUACAAAAUGGUCUCGAGACAGGUGUCGAUUGUGGUGGGGUUUGUCCUCUCAAGUGUGACUCUCAGUCCUGCAAGCGUUGUUCUGAGUGUAAAAGUGGUGUUUGUACAAAUUGGCCACGUUGCACUGAGGCUACUUGCUAUGAUGGUGUUCGAAAUGGUGGAGAAAUCGGCAUUGACUGUGAUGGUCCAUGUUUGCGUCGAUGUAAUGGCCGUGCUUGUAUAUCAGAUGAUGAUUGCUGGAGUGGCGUAUGUGGAAUCAAUAAAACUUGUUCAGGUAAAUGA